UAUAAUUCCCACGCGUUACGAUGAAUAUUUUAGAAAUAUUUUCUGUAUUAUAUAAAAGUGUUUAUUUAAUUGUGUGUAUGUGAUACGAUUAAUGUUAUUUUACAGAAAUAAUUUUAUUUAGUAUUAUAUACCCACUAAAGUGUUUUACUCUUUCUUUUUCUCUCUUUCUCUCUCUCUUUUCUCUUUCGUUUAAAGUACAUUGUUCUUUACAUGUGCUCUCUUCGUGGAUGUUAUAUUUUAUUUUGUUUCAUCGUCAUUUGAUUUGACUAUGAAGAAAUGAACGAUAAAUUAAUUUCGAAGUUGAUUUAUAAUAGAUUUGAUAUUGGAAUUAAAUAAAAUGGAGGAGAAUUUCUUUACUGAUUUUUCUGAUAAUUUUAUUGCCGAUGAAAGCGAUAGUGAUUUAGAAGCUAGAUUAUAUGCUAAUAUUCAUUAUACGUCAGUUGAAACAGAAACACCGAAUGAAAUACCAAUUACUACAAAAAUUUCUUUUAAUAAUAAAAAGAACAUAAAUAAUACUGCUAUCUUAGAUGAUAAUAUACAAAAUCGAGAAAAUUCAUCUAAGUGUGCAGACAGUGAAAGAAAUAUUGAAAGUAGUUUUAAUGAAUCUUUACAACGGGAUAAAGAAAUAAUACGCAAUGAUAUGGAAAAAGUAAUACGUACAGAUUCAGUUCAAAAAGAUAUUGACGAUCCUUAUACAUUUGAUAUAGAUGUUGAGGAUCAAAAUAAUAUCUCGCCUAUGAAGAAAAAUCGUAAAAAAACUAAAAGAAAGGCUAAAAAAUCUAUUGUAAAUCAAGUAACACAGGAGUUGCUUAAUUAUGUCUUUAAAGUUCCUAAUAAGUUACAACUGUUGCCAAAUAAUCAUUCUAAUGUUAAACAAUCUGGUAUUUCAAAUAUUAAUACUUUAAAGAAUAAAUCUAUAAAAUCAAGACAAAAGAAACAAAAUAUAGAAAAUGUUCUUUCUAUAAAUAAAGGUUCAAAAGAAUCUAUUAAUCUAAUUUAUACUGAAAAGCAUAAAGAUAUAGAAGAAAAGAAUACUAAAUAUAGUGUUCUAAAUAAAAAAGAAAAAGGAAAGUUACAUGAUAUUGAACAUUUUAAUGAUGAAAGCGAUUCUGAUUCUGAUUCUGAUUCUGAUGAAUCAAUAUUAGAAGUACCAGUUCCUCCUAAACCUCCACCUCCUGUUAUUAGCUUAAAUGAUUCUGAUGAGGAUAACAAAUCGUCUGAUAAAAAGAGUACUAUAACAAAAAAACCUUUAACUGUUGAAGAUUGUAAUACAAAUAACUUUAGAGAUCAAGUGAAAAAAGCAUUAUCGAAAUCACAAUCUGAAUUAACGUCUUUGAAUAAUUCAGAGAUUUUAGAUGAUGAAAAUAAUAUGGAAGACAUAAUUUUGAAUUGUACGGAUAUCUGUAAAGGUGCUUCUAAUAUUACAGAAAUUAGAGAAAUGAGCAAAAAUGUUCAAAAGAAAAAAAGAUCUCAUGGCGCAAAAGAACUAAGUCCAAAUGUUCUACAAGAUGGUAAAAUUAAUAACAAUAAAAACAAGUUUGAAAAGAAAAAUGUUGAUUCAAGUAACAAACAAUUGAAUAAUACACCUACGUCCAUGUGUUCAACAGAAAACAUGCAGAAUGAUGCAUCUGAAGUUACUGAAGUACAUACAAAUAUAGAUUUUACAGAAGAUAUAUUGCCUGUGGAUGAAUUUAUUAUGUCGCAGAAUGAAUCAAGUCCAAAUAAAAAAAGGCAGCUUGAAUGUGAACAUACAAUAAAUGAUAAUGUUAAACGUGCAAAAAUAAGUGAUGAAUUUUACCAAAGUGAACCAAGUACAAGCGGUGUAUAUAGUAAAAAUAAAGAAAAUAAAGAUAAAUCAAAUGACAGUUCCUCCUUUCAUCCAAUGUCAGAGAAGUUAAGAGCUUUUUAUACUAAUUCUCGUGGUCAAGAGAACUUUGAUGUUAGCGAAGUCCAAAGUAAAAUGUCCAAAGAUCCACGACUUUGGGCUAUUUUAGAUGAAGAUUUAAUAUCAAAUUCUAAAAAACGGAACUUUUGGUUUAAGUGUUCUUACUGUCAUCAAAGUGGUCAUGAAAGACACGAUUGUCCGAUAAUAAAUAAAUCAUUAAAAUGUUAUAUGUGUGGCGUUCAAGGUCAUACAGGAACACGGUGCCCUCGAAAAAUGUGUCUCACGUGUGGUAAAAGACAAGGGACAUUUAAAAAAACUUGUGAAACCUGUCGAACACUUUAUUGUACUAUGUGUAAUGCGGUAGGUCAUAUGUAUACAGAAUGUCCAGAUCUUUGGAGAAGAUAUCAUCAAACAACAACAACGAAUGGAAUAAGUAUUCCUUCCAAUAUAUUGGGCGUGAUGAAGCCUGCCGAUCGUCUCUUUUGCUGUAAUUGUACGAAACGAGGCCAUGAUUCCUCUAUGUGUAAAGAUAACAGAUGGUCGAAACAUUUUCCUACACCAUCGUUUGUAUCAAAUUAUACAGAUGGUCCAACUUAUAUUAAUGAAAAAGAUCAACCUGUAAAUAUCGUAGAACAAUCAAAUGAUGAUGUCAUACAAGCUCAAAACAAAACUAAUAGCAAUGAGCCUAAUACUAAUAUACUUGUUAACGUGCUUGCAUCCGAUGAUCUUUUACCAUUUCCAAAGGAAUUGUUAAAAAGGAAACAGAGUCAAAAAAAGGCAUUUCCACAAAAUGUAUGGGAAGAUGAAACUAAUAUCUCUUAUAUCAUAUACGAAUGCGGUGAAUUUUAUACGAUAGAAGAUAAUGGAAUGGAAAUAACGUACACUAUAACCGCAAGAAAAGGUUUCAAUACAUAUUAUAUAAUGGAACGCCGUGUUGUUCCAUAUUUUUUGGAAAAUUUAUUAAAACUAUUUAUGUUUGAAGUAAAGAUAUAUAAGAAAAAUGAUUCAACAAAUGAAAUAGUCUUACGCAUCAGAACGUAUGCUGAUUUAAUAAACGAUUUGCGUAGACUUAUUCUAUAUUGGUUGAGCCUUGAGGAUGAUGAAAAAGAUUAUGUAAUGUUUUUGGAUUUACCAUUGAAACGAAUAGAAAUGCUAAAACUUUUAAAUUUGAAAAUGCAAAAAUUAGGAACAGAAUCGGGGAAUGCUCUUAAAUUAUAUGAUGGCAUAGUUUCGUCAAAAUUAUUUUUACAAAUUACAAGACAUAAAUUAAAAUAUUUAAACGUUUUUAAUCGUAUACAAGAGAGCCAGCAGAAAUUACUCUUAAUAUUGAAUGAUCAUCCAAAUCUACGAAAAUUUCCAGAGGAAAUUCAAGAAUUUAUAACGAUUUUAGAACGAUCAAAAAGUACGAAUGUACCUCUUCAGGCAUAUCUUCAAAUUCUUACAGUUUAUAAUUUUAUAUUCGUACCUCACACUCCACCAAAAUCUUUCGUAACAAAGUAUGGUAAAUACAAAAAGCCUAAUGUAAAUAAAAAUACACGCAAGGGUAAUUCUAAUGCUAAUGCUUCCAAAGGAAAAGCUUUUGCUCAGCAAAAUUUAACAAUACCAGUUAUACAAACUGAUCGAUCAUCUAAUAACAAUGAUUUACGAUCUCGGAAAUCUAAUCAAUGUAAUCUUAUUUCGAAGGAACCUCAAAAUGUCAAUGAUUUUAUACAAUUAGAAAAUACGAAUGCUACAUAUACUUAUGUUAGUUGUGAUGAUACAGUCAACGAGAUUAACAAAACAAACGAGAAUAGUAACACCGAGAAUUAUAGAACUUCGGAAUAUAGUAAUUUGGCAAAAACGACUAUGAGUCAAGGUGAAUGGUAUAACAAUGAUGUUACUACAAAUAGAAAUAUAAUGGAAUACAAUUUGCCAUCUACGUCGCACAAUUCAGUUUCGAAAAAUACGACCUCUGAUAAAUAUACAAAUAUUACCGUUAAUAUGUUAAAUAAAAAUCAAGCUGACGAAACUCCUGACAAUGUUAAGUUAAAUAUGAAUAAUUCUAAAACCGAUGAUUAUCAGAAUAUUGAUAAAUGUACAAAUAUCAUUGUUAGUGUAUCUAAUAAGAAUCAAGGUCAUACAUCUAAUGUAGAAAAUGAGAAACAACAAAACAAUAAUAAAUAUACAAAUAUUACUGUUAGUAUAUCUAAUAAAGAUCAGAAUACCAAUAUAUCACCAAAUGCAAAUAAUUCUACAAAUGAUAAUUGCCAAAGUACUGAAAUAAAUAAUUCGGAAAAUAAGAAGAUGGAUGAUAAAAAUGAUGUAGUGUGCAUCGAAAUAAAGAAAAAAGCUGAAAAUCAGAUUGAAGAUAAAUCUCAAAAUCAAAACAAUAUAAAUGAUUCGGAUAAAACUGCUGAAAGAACAACUAGGAAGAAAGGAAAAAGGAGAGGAAGAGAUAAAUAUGAUCCUACGACUCAACAAUUAAAGAAAACUACAGAGAGAUGUUUUAAAUUACAAAAAUUGAACAGUGUUAUUCAACGAGAUUUAUCAAUAUGUUCAUCAGAUGAUUUUAAUUAUUGGAAAAUGUUUACAAACAGGAUUGAAGGGAUGGUAAAAAUGUGUGGCGUAAUACAUAUUAAAAAGGCUUUAAUUGUUUUAAAAAAUGAAAUUGCAAAACAAACUGUAACAAGGAAGAAUAUUUGUAUGCUUCAAAAAUUAGUAAAUAUAGAGCUUCAGCAUCAGGAACAAGUAAAAAGUUUGUACAAUCAUUUUGACGUUGUUUCUUGAAGAAAUAAUACGACAAUUAGCAUUCAGUAUAAUUUCUAAUAUUAACGUAUUUUAUUUUAAUGUUCUUUAAGAGAAUUCAUGGAAAAAGGAUAUAAUAAUUUGUAAGAUUAUUUUUUUCUUUUUUUUUAGAUUUGUUUUCUAAUUAUGUAAAGUACUCUUGCGUACUGAUUACACAUAAAUUAAUUAUAAGUUAAGCUUAAACUUACAUUUAUGUAAAAUACAAAAUAAUAUGUUAAUCAUAUUAAACAAAAUUAUUGCUUGAUUUUA